GACAAGUCAACGUAUGUAAUAAUCUAAACUUUCAGAUACAUAAUGUAUAGGCAUUGUAUAUAGAUGUAAUCAUAAUAUUCAUGAGACGUGGUAUCAGCAAGAACAGAAAAGAUAAGAUAAAAACAAUUGCGCGAGUAACGAACCCCAGUCGGGUAUUUGUUGAGAAAAUAACAAAAAAAAAGAACGAGAGAGAGAAGUAAGCACCACCCGUACUCAAAACUGUAUUUUUAGUUAAAAAGUGUCUAGGUGGGAUUUAUUUUAGACAAGGCGCCGUGGGAAUUCUUCAUAGUGAAGAGCGAUUUUAUAACUAAAAAUAAAACUAUUCAUGUGUUGUGACGAAAUGUGUUAUUGUGAAUCAUUUGGAGAUUAAUAUGCAUAAGAACGUUACGGUUUCGGAUCUUAAUGUAGAAAUCCACGGUAAAGGGAACAGUGUGAAAAAACAUUUGGUCGCUAAAGUUGGUAUUGUCGUUAUCGAAUUUUUCUUGGCAUCGCUGCUCUACUGUUACGGCGUAAUACUUUCCGAAUACUUCUCAGAUGACACCUACAACUACAGAGAUGGACUAUGGACGUCUAUCUUAUACGUUUGCAGUUGGAGCUUUACAGACCCCGUUGCCAGAUUUUGUCUGGAAUACUUUGAAGAUCGGAAGAACAUCUUCCAUCGAUACGUCAUCGGCGUUAGUACGGCGUUCCUAUUUAUCGCCGUAAUGGUUCCGGAUAAUGUGGUACUUUAUACUGUGCUUGGAGGUAUUCUCUCUAAAAUAAUCUCAACCCAGAUCAACUUAUUCGCCACAGAUAAGUUGGACAUUGAACCGAAAAUAUUCGAGGCCAUUCGACAAGUGGCCAGAGCCCUAAGUUUAUUCGUAAUGCCCCAAAGCAUUUGCUUGCUUGCUGCCAACCCAGAUUACGAUAUUAAUCAAGUGAAGUUGAUCUACGCCUCCAUUUUAUUGAACAUCAUCCCUGCAGCACUACUGGUCAAAUGUGAGGUUCGUAAGGGAGCCGGUGAGUUAUCCAGAUAUCAAACCAUUGGUCGUUUUGCUCAUCAAAUGAACGAAAUGAAGAGUUUCAAUUCCCAAGACGAAGAAGGAAAUAAGGGUGAAUCUAGUUCAGAGGAAGAAGAAGAAGAAGAAGAGGAGGAGGAGCCUGUAUUUGAAAUCGAGAGGAAGUAUUUCCCAGUGGAAAAUCACUUGCAAGAAACUCCUGAGCUGGUGGUAACCCAAGAGUUCCAUAGCAAUUUGUACCAAGGGAUACAGAACUUUGGGGCUACUGAGCAUUCCGUAAGUGAUUUGGACGUGCCCACUAUGCACUUAUCACCAGUUAACGUGCAGUCGUACUUUUUGAAUGUUGGUGUCAACAUAUUACCUGGAAUACCCGAGGAGAAUGAAGAAGACUAUUCAGACAACGAUAUCAACCAGAUCAACCUUAAGCGCCUUAGCGUGAUCAGCAGUAAACUGGAAGAGCUAAACAUCCAGGACCAAAUCAGACGUGACAGCGUCAAAGAGGUCUUUAGCAUCAAUGAGGUGAUAAACGAAAUCGAAAACAAACCGGAAUCGAUCAGUAAGAUCGAGUACAUCCCGAACUUCAAAGAGGCAGACGUUCGGAUAUCCGUUCUGGACGAGCUAAAGAACUUCCAAAAAUCCAGACGCUGUUUCCAUUGCUCCCCGUACAAAAAAUACAUAUGGACGAGACGGCUGAGGGUGAUCAAAGACUUCUUUCACGAUAACUUCUUGCGGCCUCUUUAUCACGCUUUAAAAAAUUUGUAUUUUUAUCCCUCUUUAAGUACCAAAGUGAUCACGGACUCGGUGUCUACGCUCUACAUUACCCUGGCUCCGUUCAUGGCUCUACAGCACUCUUGGAAGCAGCACGUGCUCUUUUCUACCGAAAACGUCACUUUUUUGCUCACUUAUGUGGCGUUCGCGUGGUGUUUCUUUUUGGUGGGGAUGCCCCUGGUGCUGAGACUGAACCACAGUAAAAUCCGGAUGGUGUUUGGGUUCGGGUUGCUUGUGAGCGGCACUGGAUUAUGGAUAUUAUCCAACAAGCCGACCAAUGACGUAAUAACAAUCAGCAGCCUACUCUUCGGAUUCGGUUACGGGAUAAUCAGCUAUACCGAGAAGAUCGUUUAUAGGACGUCGAUCGGGAUGAGGCCGUGGUACCUGGUCAGAGGUACCCUGGAAGUACUCUCCGCCAUAUUUAUUUUAGUUAUUUAUUAUGUUUUUUAUUUAAAUACGACAAACUUAAAUUUGCUCCUUUUUUUGGCGGCGAUGUCGUACUAUUUUAACGCGUUCCUGUGGGUGUGUUUGCCAUUUUUUAAGUAUUUUAUCAGUAUUGUUAAAAGGGUGGUUUUCGACGAGAGGAGCCAACAAGAACAAGGGUUUUUCCAUUAAAACUGUAUUGAAGUUUGUGAUAAAUAUAUGAUUGUUUAUUAUAAAUGUA